CUCUACCGUUUAUUGUGAUAUGUGUGAAAACCAUUUACAGGAUAAACAUUGUGAUUCAAGUAAUUAAGUUGUUAGUUUGUAAGCUCAUCUCGAGAACGAGAAUUAGAAAUGACUGUGAAAGGUGCUUUGAACGCAACACAAAAACCCAAAAGCAAACUGUCUGACACUUGCAACAUAGGAUUGAGGUCGAUGGUGGAGAAGUUGAUCUACAAUACACAGGUGAUAAUCUUCUCCAAGAGUUACUGCCCGUACUGCGUGACUGCAAAAAAUAUUUUUGAUGGCCUCGAUCAACCGUACACCGUUUUGGAGUUGGACCAGCGAGCCGACGGUGAAGAUAUUCAAAAAAUCAUGGGAACCAUAACCGGGGGAACAUCGGUCCCGAGGGUUUUUGUCAAUGGCGUGUUUAUCGGCGGUGGCGAUGACGUCAAGAGAUUAUAUGAAAGUGGCGAGCUUGAGGAAAUGCUUGGAUGCGAAUAAAAUUCUAUAAGGAAUUAUUUGAAAUUAUUUCGCAAUGCCAAGGAAAUUGUACCCUUUUGCAGAGCGUACGAUUCUUUUGGUAUUGAGCUCUCUUUAAAUUUAACGAAAACGACUAGUACCUGUU